AUGUCGAAACGAGAACGGUCGCCGCCCUCAGAGGGCGUACUCAUUAAAAGGGCAAGGUCCUCGACUCCCCCCACAAGUCAACUUGCUAUUUCCUCAUCUAAUGAUGAACGUCAAAAAGGGCUCAUACGGACGGUGAAGCGGACGAGUAGUCUUGAGGCACCCAUAAUAAGUCUUGCUGGCGCGCACUCAGGUGAAAUCUUGAGUUGUAGAUUCGACCCCACGGGCCAGAAUAUUGCUGCUUGUUCGGCGGACCGAAGUGUCUCCCUAUGGAAGACUUAUCCCCCCAAUACAAACUACGGUUUGAUUUCCAGCUUGACGAAGGCCCCCAUUCUCGACCUUCAGUGGUCCUUGUUCUCGCCUACUAUCUACACCGUUUCGGCCGACCACACUCUCUGCUCGAUUGACGUCAACACAGGUCAAAGAACUCGCAAGGUUCGCGCCCACAGGGAGAUCAUCAAUACGCUUGACCGAACCAUGGCAUCGGGUUCGGGCACUGAACUACUCGCCACUGGCUCUGACGACGGCACCGUAAAAAUAUGGGAAUCUGAUGAUGAUGGUGUCACAAAGCUCCCCAUAUCAUCGUUCGAGAUCGGGUGCCCAGUAACGGCUGUGGCUUGGAGUGCAGACGGCGCAAAUCUCUACAUCGGAGCGCUUGACAACGAAAUCCAUGUCUAUGAUAUACGAAAGGGACAGGAAGUGUAUAGUCUCAUGGGUCAUACGGACACCCCGACUUCUCUGUCCGUUUCCCCUAACGGCUUCUAUUUGCUAUCCCCUUCCCUGUCUUCGCAAACAAUCAUCCAUGACGUUCGACCAUUCUCCCCAUCUCCUUCGCGAAUUCACCGAGUCCUCACGGGGGCCCCUGCCGGAUUCGAGAAUACGCUGCUCAAAGCAGCCUGGAGUAAAGAUGAUGGUGGGCAACGAGUAGCAGUUGGCGGAGCUGAUCGAAUGGUAACCAUAUGGGAGGUCGAGAGCGGCAAAAUCCUGUACAAACUUCCGGGGCACAAGGGUACCGUUACCGCCGUAGACUUCCAUCCAAAGGAGCCAAUCAUCCUGACUGGCAGCAAGGAUGGAACAAUGCUUUUGGGCGAGAUAGAACCCGGGGUUUCCGUGUAA